UCCCCCCUCUCCCCCUCGGCAGCAGAGUGAGGAGAGAGGGAGGGAGAGAGAGAGAGAGAUACAGAUCACUUCUGGUGGAGGUCCAUUGUUAUGUUAUGACAAGAACAAUCGAUUCCGCCAAUUAGAGAGAGAGAGAGAGAGAGCUUUAUUUUUCUGAGGAGUAAUUUAAAGAAGAAAAGAACCGAAAGUCCUGGAAAUUGCUGAGAGACGCAGUUGUUGAACCCAUACGUGUAAAUUUGACUCCUUUUUCGAUUUGAGUGUCGAGAGAGAGAGAGAGAGAGAGAGAGAGAGAGUUGGUAGUGCACACCAAUUGAAAUCGUUGAAGAAUCAGCUGUGGUUGGUCAAGUAGAUUGGACAUUUGGAGAGAAUGAAUCUGGUACGUCCAGUCACUAGCCUUCUCUCAUUGUUCCUCAAAAUGUAAUAAAACCACAAGAAGUAGGUACAUAUAGAGAGAGAGAGAGAGAGAGAGAGAGAGAGAGCUGUUUACAGAAUAGAGAAGAAGAGCAGAGUAUCACAGCUUCACUACAGAGAAACACCUAGUCAAUGUCGAUUCUGAAAUUGCACUGAGUUAGGGUUUUCAAUUGGGGAAACCCAUUAAAUCCUAGUGAAAGUUGCAGAUUAGAAGAGUGAAAGAAGAGUACAGAUCACAGUUGAGCAUCAUUAGGUUAAGUUUUAGAUUUUUUUUUCCCCCUGAAAUAUGGGAACUGAAAUUUGUUCUAAAGCACAUACUUGGAAUCUCCGAAGAUUAGUUAAAAGUCAGGGAAUUUGAGGAAGCAAUUGAAUUUAGAGUGUACAGUUUGUAAGAAGAAAAUUAUCUGGAGAAAUGGCAGAAAAUGGAGCAGAAAUGCGGUCUUUGGCGUUAACACCAACAUGGUCUGUGGCUUCUGUCUUGACAGUCUUUGUUGCUGUUUCCUUGGUCGUGGAGCGAUCCAUUCACCGCCUAAGUAAUUGGUUGCGGAAAACCAAUAGAAAGCCUUUGCUUCAAGCAGUAGAGAAAAUGAAAGAAGAAUUGAUGUUACUAGGCUUCAUAUCUCUCCUUCUCACGGCUACGUCAAGCAUUAUAUCCAAUAUCUGCGUCCCGUCAAAGUUCUAUGAUAGUGUGUUUGCUCCUUGCAGCAAGUCUGAGGUUGAUCAGGAAAUUGAAAGUAAUGCUUCCCAGGGCCGUAAACUUUUGAUGGCUUUUGCUCAUCCUCACUCAUUUAGGAGAUUGUUGAACAAAUUAAAUCAGAAUACCUGCAAAGAGGGUCAUGAACCAUUUGUUUCAUAUCAAGGUCUUGAGCAAUUGCACCGCUUCAUCUUUGUCAUGGCAGUGACACAUGUAUCUUACAGCUGCUUAACAAUGCUGCUGGCAAUCGUGAAGAUUCACAGUUGGAGGGCAUGGGAGGAUCAGGCUCAUAUGGAUCGGCAUGAUUCAUUAGUUGAAAUCACAAGAGAGGAUAUGAUACGAAGGCAAUCAACCUUUGUUGAGUUUCAUACAUCAAAUCCAUUGGUCAAGAAUAGAUUUCUUAUCUGGGUGACCUGUUUCUUCCGACAAUUUGGGCAUACAGUGGUUCGUGCUGACUACCUCACACUCCGCAAGGCUUUCAUCUCGAACCACAAGCUUACAUCAAAAUAUGAUUUUCACAGUUAUAUGAUCCGCUCUAUGGAAGAAGAAUUUCAAAAGAUAGUUGGUGUUAGUGGCCUUCUAUGGGGAUUCGUGGUGGCUUUUAUGCUCUUUAAUGUGAAAGGGUCUAAUCUUUAUUUUUGGAUAGCUAUCAUUCCUGUUGCACUUGUUCUUCUGGUGGGUGCAAAGUUGCAACACAUUAUUGCAACCUUGGCAUUGGAGAGUGCUGGAAUAACUAGAUUCUCCACUGGAGCAAAAUUAAAGCCUCGAGAUGAUCUUUUCUGGUUUAAAAAGCCGCAACUAUUGUUGUCCUUGAUCCAUUUUAUUCUUUUCCAGAAUGCAUUUGAGCUCGCUUCAUUUUUCUGGUUUUGGUGGCAGUUUGGGUAUAGUUCUUGCUUCAUCAGGAACCAUUUGCUUGUGUAUCUGCGCCUGAUCCUGGGAUUUGCUGGGCAGUUCCUAUGUAGCUACAGCACCUUGCCACUAUAUGCUCUCGUUACUCAGAUGGGAACAAACUACAAGGCAGCCAUAAUUCCACAGAGAAUAAGAGAGACAAUCCAUGGAUGGGGAAAGGAAGCCAGGAGGAAAAGAAGGCUGGGAAUUUUCACCGAUGAUUCAACUAUACACACGGACACAAGCACAGUGAUGUCACUUGAGGAAGACGAUCACCAGCUGCUUGAUAGCCCUCAAGUAGCGGCCCCCGCUGCAGAUGCAGAAAUAGAAUUACAAUGCCAUCCCAUUAUCAUUACAACUAGUCCUUUCCCAAUUGCUAAUGAAGCUUCAAGUCGAAUCAGCACACCUCUCCUUCGGCCUUGUGCCUCAGUUUCUUCCUCAGUUUCAUCAAGAAUUCUCCAGCAAGAGUUCACAAGAUCGUCUUCAAUGCCCGCCAGAAGAGAAUGAAUAAUAGGUAUGAAAAUGCUACAAUGAAGAUGGAAGAAUAUGGUGAAAUUGGAGCUUUGAUCUGUUAAUAUUUGAGAUAUGGUUGUUAGUUGUAACAUGAUCUGUAGGACAAAGAAAUUGGUAUAUGAGGUUUUGUUGUAAAAGAAUCUUGAAAUGUUAGAAACUUGCAGAUAAUGAUUAAUGAUAUCAUACGAGCUUUCCUAA